GCGCUUUCGUGCACUCGUAUUACGCGUAUGUAUAUAUAUGUACGUUUUUUUGUGCACUCAUAUUAUAAGAAAGUUUCAUUUUUUGUGAGAAGUAAAAACAUGAAAAAUCUCGUCCAUUAAGAAUAAGUCAACAAAAAUGAGCAGACACAAAUCGCCCUGGCAGAGUUGUAAAAUUUAAAGCUUUUCUGACAUCAAAAAUAUACAUCGAAGAGGUCUUUACCGCCCUGUUGUUGUCUUGUUUAUUUCCAUGGACUCGAGGGAAAACGAGCAGAACCAUACAAUGACAAACGAGGGAAUAGUCACCGAGAACGGAGAAGUCGACAGUGAAGCUGGAGCUGCAAAAGACACGCCAGGCAAGCAAAAGCUGAGAAGUUGGCUGAACCGUUACCUCAAGAUUAAAAUGACGGACGGCCGGAUAUUGACUGGGGCGUUUUUAUGCACGGAUCGAGAUGCAAAUGUCAUACUGGGUCUGUGCUCCGAGUAUUUACCCGAGAACUCUGAGGCAAGGGCUUUGGGAUUAGUGAUGGUUCCAGGGCGACAUAUCGUGACGAUACAAUUGAUGCCUAAUGUCCAGCAUUCCGCUGAAUGA